AAUGAACAGAGCCAGCAGUGUUUACGUCAACCGUGAUUUUUAUGUAAGUGAAAUGUCAAAAUGGGAGUGAAAAUUUGAAGAAAACAAUGUGAAAUCGGUGUAUUUUCAUUCUUAGAAUGAAAAUAAUUUCCGUAAUGACAAUAUAAAAUCUCCAUCGCGAUGUUCACUAAGAAAUCCCAUCAGGAUGUCAAAAAAUCGACGGUUAAAAUACAAGACUCGAAGAAGGAUUCUGCGACUCGACUUAAACACUUGAAAAUCGUUUUAGAACACUUUAACUCUGAUGAAGCCAAAACAUAUUUUGAAAAUAACUUCAGCCAUGUCUACUUUAUAUUGUACGAUAACUUCAUACAAGCCGAAAACAAUCUUCGACAAAGAGAACUUCCGUUUCAUCUCGUUCACAAAGCUGGCAGAGAAGAAUUAGAAGGGGCGUUGUCGCUCCUCGAGAAAGUAUUAUGCCUUCUGCCAGAACUGAUAGGGAAGAGAUGGCAGCUGCACUCUUUGACGAGGAUAUUUUCAAAACUCCUCCAUAGUGGCAAUUCACAGAAAUUAAGGGCAGAAGCUGUAAGGUACUUUUUAUUAUGGUACCAAGCACUAGGCGACAAUGCACCGUCAGAAGUGCACAAAAUGUUUGCGGUCCUCGUGCCGGGAAUGCCAGAACCUGGCAACCUGCCACGUGGCUCGCCACCCAGACCAAAGGCUUACGAAAUCACCGCGAAUCCGCAUGACUCAGGAGACUUCAGCAUGGACGACAUUAUGCAACACCCGAACUUCAAUACAGCUACUGACAACGCUAAGAAAGUUGUUGUUGAGCAAACACCAACUGGUAUAAUGGGGAAGUUGGCUAACGUUUCCGCAUCAAUAUUCCACGAUACUAAUGCGCUGAACCCUGUACAAAGUGUAGAGAUACAACCGCUACUGCCGCCGAGUGCUAACGAAAAGGCUAUUGACAAUGAAACCAAAUAUUUCUUUGAAAUUUUGCUUGAAGGCAUGGCUACCUCGAUCACAAAGGUUCACUGGAGAGACCGGUGUCACGCGAAGGCAAUGAGGUGCUUUGCGUUUUUAUUGGAGAAAUUUAAACAGUAUUAUUUGCCGAUAAUCUGUCCGCAGUUUAAUCACAAAAAUUCACUCUACAAGCCCAAUCUAGAGCUGCCAGUCCAACAUAACAUACUAGAAGAUGACUACGUGUUGUGUAGAGUGACGCUUAUUAAAUGGGUGGCUAACUAUGCGCAUUUCAUGAAGAAACAAGGAAGCGACGGUGGACAGCCUUCCUCAAUGACCAGCAUAGGGUCCCACCUGCCGCAUUCGAGCACGCCCACGCCGGCCACCUCGCUGCACCACGAGGAGGAGACGUCUUUCACUGUGGGCCACCCGUCUGACUCCAGUCGAGCCUCGUCACAUGACUCCGCUUCUAACACUCCACAUCCGAGUCUGGAAUCAGGCUGCGGCGUGUACGAGGAGCUGAGCGCGGAGCAGGUGGUGCGCGACGUGCUGUGCUGCUGGUCGCGCGAGCACGUGGACUUCACGGUGGAGGUGCUGCGCCAGGCCUUCCUGCUGCCCUUCUCGCACGCCGCCGCCGGACGACGUGUCAUCGCGCUCUACAAGGACUGGAUACAGAUGAAUGUUUCCGAGAUCCCCCCAUUCCUAGUAGAAAAUACGUACGAGCAGCAGAUAGCUCAGGGAAGCGGCGAGCCGGCUGCCCCACCGCGGCGCCUGCGCAACGACUCGUACCUCGGCGCUCUCGGCAGGGACAACGUCAUGGUGCGAGCUGGCAUGCAGAAUGUACUCCAAGUAUUCAUGACGCAAGCAGCGAACGUGUUUUUGGCGUCGCCAUCACCGGUGGCGCCGCCCGGCUCUCUCAGCCAACAACAACUGCUGGAGGAACAGACGGACACGUGCAAACGCGUGCUCAAUAUAUACCGAUACAUGGUUAUGCAUGUUGCUAUGGACGCUAACUCUUGGGAACAAUUAUUGCUGGUGUUGUUACAAAUAACUUCCUUAGUGCUAACGAAAGUACCACCGAAACGAAAACAAGAAUCUCUAGGUGGAUUUUUGGCGCCCGCUUUAUUCCAAACAUUAAUAGUGACGUGGAUCAAAGCUAAUCUGAAUGUAGCGGUGAAGCCAGAGCUGUGGCAAAACUUCAUGGAGCUCCUCAUGCGGCUGACGCAUUGGGAGGAUCUGAUUAAAGAAUGGGCGAAAACAAUGGAGACGCUGACCCGCGUGCUGGCGCGGCACGUGUACUCGCUGGACCUGUCGGAGCCGGCGGGCGGCGCGGGCGGCGCGGGCGCGGGCGCGGGGCGGCGAGGCGCGCGCCGCGGCGACCUGCCGCGCCCGCCCGCGCUGCACCACGUCGCCGCCGCCGCCAGGACGCCCGGCAAAUCCCCGAAAGCUGCGCAUGAGUCGCAGCAGCGCAAGGAGGGCUCGACGCGGCGCCAGCUCACGCGCUGCCGCAGCGACCCGCAUCUCCCUAAACACGCGCAACUACAAGCAGAAGAAACCAAAGAACAAGAAAGCAUUAAACCCAGGCGUUGGUACUCUCUGGACUCAUUAAGGAAUUCGUUACAAACUGAGGAACGGGACUCGGCGAGCGGAUCUCGUUCCCCGUCACCGGCGCCUUCUAGCGGUAUCGAAAGUAGUUCAAUAAAAGACUCCCCGCUGCAAAUUGACUUGGCAUCGGAUGGGGGCAAUAUCGGCGAGUGGUCGGAGGGCGAGACGCUGGGCGUGGGCGUGGCGCUGGGCGGGCGCGCGCGCGGCUGGCUGCCCGACGUGGCGGCCGUGCUGUGGCGCCGCAUGCUGGCCGCGCUCGGCGACCCCAACCGCCUGCGCGACCCCGCGCACCACCACCACUUCUACACCUACCUGCUGCACCUCAACGACACGCUGCUCAAGAUAAGCGCAAAUCAGACUCUCAAUGGCAACACAGAGAUCCACGUGCCGUUCAACUUGGUGGCGGGCUGGUGUCUCGAGGCCGAAGCUUUGCCACCUUCGCACAGGGCUGGUAAACUUCUCGCUCUACGAUUGCUGUGCGAGUCAACGCAGGCGCAAGGCCCGGGCGCGCCAUCGUCCUGCAAUAACCGAUUGCAUUUAGCGCAUCUCAAUCUAUACCAACGAGCUUUACAUCAUGGUCUAACCGGCGAAGACAGAUCAGUAGUGGACGUGUUGGUCGAGUAUGCAGCGCCGAGGUACUUAUCGCUCGCGCUCGAUGGCUACUCCCUGCUGCUGCUGGACUUCGUGCACGCCUCCACCGUCGUGCUCAACUCAUCCGAUAUGGGGCCGUCGUGUCCACGCACGGCCGCCGUGACAUUCCUGGGCUCUCUGUUGUCGCUCCCGGACGAACUGAUGAACGCUCCGAUGCUUCAACCAUACCCACACCAGUACAACACAGUGUCCUGUCCAGAUCUGAAGGAGCACGUGCUGAACAUCGUGGUGCGCGUGUGCCGGCGCGAGAGCAGCGCAGGCGCGCGCAGUGCCGGCGCGUGCGCACUGGCUGCGCACCUCGCGCACGUGCUCGCCACCCGCGCGCACCAGCCGCGCCUGCCCGACUACCUGUUGUGUCUGCUGCAGAUGCUCAUGAUGAAAAACAAGAACUUGGCAAAAGUAGUGAGCGACUGCAUACUGGUCCUAGCCGACUACACAGACCGCAUAAUAGAGAUGUACCCUGGACUCGCUGGUAAAAUAAUAAAGUGGAUAUGCGCGUGCCUGGUGCAAAUAUCUCCGAACAGCAGCCGCGACUCCGUGAAGCCGCUGGCCGGCUCGCUGCUGCUGUGCCUCGCCGAGUUCGCGGUGCGCUGCGGGCCCGCCUACCUCAUGCACGAGAAGGACGGCGACCAGACCUUAUUGCUGAUGAUAUUUAAGGUUUUACAUGCGGUGAUGAAAGGCACGAAUGGCGCUGACAUUGAGGGGCUUUCGCUGCCCGUUGACGAGGACUUCGAUCCCAAUACUCAGCUGGAUAAUCUGGGGCCAAAGACUUCGCCGGCGUCCACUAUCGAUGUCAAGCUGUGGGCUCAGACGAUCUGCACGCAGCUGGUGCUGUUCCUGGGCCACUGGCCGCUGUGGAGCGGGUGCCAGCUGUCGUGCCUGGUGUGCGAGCAGCACGACAGCCCGGCGCUGGGCGGCGAGCUGGGCCCGGCGGUGCUGGGCGCGCCGCACGUGCAGCUCAUGCGCCUCAGCGACGCCACGCUCGCCUCGCUCGUCGACCUGCCGGCGCUGCACCUGCCGGCCGCCACCACGCCGGGUUUGUCGACAUCCGACCGGCAAGUGCGUGUGUUACUGCGCGACAUCGCUGGCAAGGCUUGUUGGGACGCAUCCGCCCUUUACUACGACCCUUCUGUGGGCUCGCUCGAACCUCUUGAACCACUACCUUUGCCUGACAGCACGGACAGUCCUCGGGAUGACACAUUAUCAUCAUUACCACCGCCGCUGCCACCAGACUUGUUACCAGACUACAAAAACUCUCCCCCAGACAAGCAUCAGUUGGACCAUGUAUUGGCGUACAUCGGCCACACGUCGCCGGAGGUGACGUGCGGGCGGCGGCUGGACGAGCCGGGCGCGUCGCCGCUGCUCGCCGGCGCCGAGGACGAGCUGCUCGCCGCACUCGUCGCGCAUCGCAACCACGAGCGCAUGUACCUGGCGCAGCGGGACAGCUGCGAGGAGCCGGAGGUGUGCGAGGUGGUGCCGGAGGGCGGCGCGCGUCCGUUCGCGGUGUGCCGACUACUGCUGGCACAACUGGGCACGCUGGCGCCGGCGCGCCGCACGCAUGCGCACCUGCUGCGCCGCACCGACCGCCUGCUGCGCGAGCUCAGGAACCUCGACGCGCAGAGAUGUCGCGAGACUCACAAAGUGGCCGUCAUAUACGUGGGCAAGGGACAGGAGACUCGCAACGAAAUCUUAUCGAACCGCUGCGGGAGUCCAGCAUAUGAAUCGUUCUUGGCUGCUCUUGCGUGGGAGGUGGAGCUGGAGAGCCACGUGGGGUUCGCGGGCGGGCUGCGCGGCGGCGGAGGGGGCGGCGUGUCGGCGCCCUACCUCGCCACGCUCACGCUCGAGGCGCUGUUCCACGUCGCCACGCGCAUGCCCGCAGACUCGCCCGACGCCAUACUUAACAAGACUCGACACCUGGGCAACGACGAGGUGCACGUUGUGUGGAGCGAGCACUGGCGACCGUACAAGCGCGACACGCUGCCCACGCAGUUCUGCGACGUGCUGAUCGUCCUGUACCCGCUGGCCGGAGGUCUGCUGCGCUGCACCGUCUCCAGGAAACCAGAUGUGGCGGUGUUCGGUCCGCUGUGGGAGGAGUGCAUCAUCCACGUGAGUUGCUGCGCGGCGCUGGUGCGCGGCGCGGCGUUCGCGGGCGGGCGGGCCGUGCGCGCCACCAUGCCGCUCUACCAGCACGCCUACAGCGAGCGCGCGCGCAGUCUCGACGCGCUCGUGCACCACCACACCCAGCCCACCACCUUCGAGCAGUUCGUCGAGCGCAUCCGCGAGCCCGUGCCGCAACACGCGCCCAACACCGAAACCGGAGGAGGCGGCGGCAGCGGCAGCGGGCGACUGGCGGCGGCGCUGCUGGAUGCGGGCGCGAGUGCGUGGGGCGGCGCCGUGGAAACUCACAGCGUGUCGCCGCGGCCGGUGAAGCGGCUGGGCCCGUUCAAGCGCCUGCCGCACGUGCCGGGCGCGCCGCACACCGCGCCACUGCCCUCCGACCCCGCGCCCUCGCUGCGCCGCAACCGGUGAGCUGGCGCGAAUGUACCGACAUCCAUACAAAGCGACGCCUUUUCAAGCUUCUCAUUGUAUACUGAUGACUGAUGACUGAUAUAAAUGCGUUGUCGUCCGCGUUUGCAUCAAUUUUUAUCAUAUCCAAAAGUAUUAAAUUUAAAAUUUUAAUUCACAUUACUUAGAGGCUCAAAUUUAACUGUAAUUUGUCAAUCAAACUAUUUAUUUAAUCCAACAAAAUGUAAACAAAAAGCGACAACAAAUUAUACGAGACUAAUUCGUACUUUUUAAGGAUCAUGAAUGGUGCAUAUUCGCGUGUAAGCUACUUGGUGACAGAAAUAGUACUGUGUCGAGUACUAUAGGCAUGAGAUGUUGUUUUGUAUCUCUGUAUAACUAAUGAUGGCAUCAUAGAAUAAAUCAAGAAUGUACUUAAAUCUGGUGCCAACGUCAUCAUCGAUAAAGUUAAUGUAAAAGAAAAUUACGUUACGGAAUCGACGUGAUUAUCAUAGAAUUGUUUAACGCGAUUCCAAUAUGGCAGGUGCUUUCAUGUUAGUUGAAUUAAUAAGUUUAUAAAAAAUAGGCUUACUUAUUUGUUCAAUUAUUACACAAGUAUGAAAAAAUAAAAAUCCAUUCCCAAUAUCAUUUAUGGAAAAUAAUGGAUCAUGCAUUAUUGAAGCCGACUCCGGUCUCUGAAGUUGAUUAUUCGAUAUCGAUGUAAGUAUUGAUAUGUUUAUCGAUAAUCAUAUGAAUAUCGAUUUGAGAAUCGAGGAACUAGAUGACUUUUUGAUUCGUCCAUUGAGAGAUUAUAGAACUACUGCGGACUUAAUGAAAUUUUGAUGUACUUAAAUAUUUUGUAAGCUUUUUAAAUAUCUGUAGUAUUGUGCAUUUAAAAUGCAAUGUUUGUGUUUGUAAAAUAGUCUUAGGGGAUUAUGAAUAAACCAUGGACACCAUUUGGCGAACUGUGUUUUUACAUUAAUUUAUUAGCAAAUCGCUCCAGAGUUAAGUUUUCUGGUGCGACAGAUAGCUUUCACAUUGAAAUUGUCUAAUUGAACAUGACUUGAAUUGGGCAAACAUCAAACAUUGCAUUAAUGUUUUCUGUACAUAUGUAAACUAGUAGAGCUUUAACUGUUGUAGGUUUUGUUUAUAAUAUUAUUUAUUUGCAUAUGAGAUUGAUAAUAUAACAUAUACUACCUACUUCUAAUUUAAAAAAUAAACAUUUAUAAAACGUAAUAUUCGCGAUAACUCGAUAUGGUCGCUCCGAAUCUCACGGCCUAGAAUAUAAGGCCUAAUUUCUUAAAACAAUUAUAAAUACAAUUUUACGCAUCAUGGCAGAAGAUGUGAUGUCCUGGGUACCACUUUCUAAUCAUGAACAUGAUUUGCGCGAGUUAGGAAGGUUUUUGUCAGAUAGGUCAGCUACGAAAACUGAGUCAGAUUUAGCUACAUUAGUGAAAAAUAGGUGGUGCUCUGUGGGAAUAGAACAAAAACAGUAGUAGAAAGAUAAAAAAAAUAUUCGUUUUCAAAUUUUUUUUUCAGUAAUUUAAUUAUUUCAUUUUUUAUUGUUACUAUGUACAUUUAGUCUAUGCAUAUCAAAUAAACAAUAUAUUUUUGUAAAUAGCACAUGGCCUUACAUUUGUGACGAGUUUAUAUUUCACAACAACAGAAUAGUCUGAAAUACAUGUUUACUUAUAUUGUUUGCCUCGAUUUGAAAAAAGUAUAAAAAAUUCGGACACAAGAAUUAGCGACCAUAUCGAUUUUCGUGUUCUAGGGCAUAAAUUAAGGUAAUUUAAAAUUCAGUCAAAACAUGUUGGUUUUUAUUACAUCCGUUUGGCAUAUUAGUUGUAGUUUUAAACAUUUCCAUAUCCUCUAUAAAAUUACCACUUUAUUUGUGACAUCAUAAUAGCUUUACCCUUUUAGAGUAGGUUUAAUUGGCAAUUAUCUGAAAAUUCCACAUUCCACAAAGUAUUUUCAUGUCUUGAAGGUAUAUAUGCUUCUCUAUUUGGUUCUGAUUACUGAGAUUAUUAAAUAUACAAAUUGCAUUUAUGUUACCUGAAAUGGUAUACUGACAAUUGUUGACAUCAUCCAAUGCAUUCCAUAGUCCAUACAAAAUAUUUUUUGAAGAAUCUAUAUUGUUUCUCAGUAUCAUAUAAGUAUCAUUGAUUUUAUUAUUAUUGUUUUAUUAGUAACAAAUGCUUAUUUCCAUUUUUAAUUUUAAACAGUAUUUUUAUAGAUAUUAAGACUGACACAAGAUAUGUAUUGAAAACACUAAGUAUUAAAUUGUUAUGCAUAUUACGUUAGUAAACAAUGUGGUGGUAUUAAAUAUAAUUUUAUUUCAACUAAUUUAUUUCAUGUAUGUAUUUGUUGAUGAAACAGAAUCUAUGUGGUCACAUAAGCAUAUGGUUAGUUAUUAACCAGACACUAUGUAUUGUAACCAAAUUUUAUAUUUAAAACAAGAUGAAAAUAAAGUUUUGUUAAACUUU